AUGGGAGGCGGGAGAGUAUCACUCGUGCUGUCCAGGAAGCAGCUGGAGGCGCUGCUGGCAGCUGUUGCUCAAUGCCUUCAUGGUGGUGAUGCUGGCCACAAGAUUGCCAAUGUGUCCAACUCUGGCUACAGUGGCGUGGCCGCGUUUAAGCUAGGUGGCGUGUGCUUCCACCAGUCCGUCCUGGUCAACCUGGGGUUAGAGUGGAUGGUGUACACAUGCGCCAGCGCUGGGCUUGAGCUCUCUGACACUUGCAAUGGGACUGACUUCCAGGUCAUCCUCACUCUGCACCUAGGUGCCAUUCAAUGUGAGUGCCUGGAUGAUGAGACUGUGGGGAGCAUGCACAACAACAACUUCGUCAUGGCUUGCCAGCGCGCCCUUGCCACCCUCCUCCUGUAA